AUGCAGAAUGAAACCAUCAGCCAGUUGGAUAGGAACUUUGAGAUGUAAGUCGCACGGUGCGGAGCGAGAAACAGGGAGUUUGCACUGUGCAGACGAAACUUUUUUAUUGCACUGUGCAAAGUAUGCGACAAUUUGAAUGAAUAAGCUGCACUGUGCAGACCAAAACUUUCGUUCUGCACUGUGCAAAAUAUGCGACAAUUUGAAUGAAUAAGCUGCACCGUGCAAACGAAACUUUUUUUUGCACUGUGCAAAAUGUGCGACAAUUUGAAUGAAUAAGCUGCACCGUGCAGACGAAGCUUUUUUUGCACUGUGCAAAAUGUGCGACAAUUUGAACGAAUAAGCUGCACCGUGCAAAAUUUUUUUGACGCAAAAGUUUGUUUGCACAGUGCAAUUUGACGAAAUUUUUUUUGCACAGUGCAAAAGAAAGGGAAUAAAAUUUGACUGCACAGUGCAGAAUCAUUUGAUAUUUUUUCGCACCGUGCAAAAGAAAAGGAAUAAAAUUUGACUGCACGGUGCAAAAAAUAAAGAGUCGUCUGCACCGUGCGAAAUUUUUUUGACGCAAAAUCUUGAUUGCACAGUGCAAAAAAGAAGGAAAAUUUUACUGCACAGUGCAGAAUUUUUUGAUUUUUUCGCACAGUGCGGGUUCUAAACUUUCAAAAAAAAAAAAAUUUUUUUUUCCAAAAUACGAUUCGAUUUCAGCUUGUCCGCCGGCCUGGCCAUUUUUUUGGCGUUCAUGUUCUUUUAUUUCGUCUCCGUCGGCGUUCUUUAUUUUUAUUUGGCCUUGGUUUAUCCACAACGCAAUCGAAAAGCGCCCGAUCAGGAUGAUUCCAGCCUAAAGAGGACAGAGAGACGGGCCAAACCUGCCGAAAAUUUCAUUGAAUUGUAAGUUGAGAGAUUUUUUAGGGGAAAAAAUUGAAAUUUUAGGGAAAAUAAUUGAAUUUUAGUGAAAAUAAUCGAAAUUUUAGGGAAAAUAAUCGAAAUUUGUGAAAAUUAUUGGAAUUUUAAGGAAAAUAAUUGAAAUUUUAGGGAAAAUAAUCGAAAUUUAAGCAAAAAUAAUCGAAAUUUUAGGGAAAAUAAUUGAAAUUUCAGGGAAAAUAAUGGGAAUUUUAGGGAAAUAAUCGAAAUUUUAAGGAAAAGAAUCGAAAAUUUAAGCAAAAAUAAUUGAAAUUUUAGAGAAAACAAUUGAAAUUUUAGUGGAAAUAAUCAAAAUUUAAGCAAAAAUAAUUGAAAUUUUAGUGGAAAUAAUCAAAAUCUUAGCGAAAUUAACCAAAAUUUAUAUUAUUUUAGUAAGAAAGCGACGUAUCAAGCUGUAUUUGAUUGUCCCAGAGAACAUUGCGACACCCAUUCUUUGUCCGCGAGCACUGAAUACGCUUCCAAGCAUCGAGAAAUGAGCAGAAAGGUGGGGAAAUUUGUGAAAAAGGGAUUGAAAGUUGAAAAAGACCAAAUUUCCAAGAAAAACUCGGCGGAAAAAGCUGGAAACCAGGUGAAUUUUAAUUUUUUUACAAUUUUUUUUUAUCUAAUUUUUUUUUUUAUUUUUUUUUAUUUUAAAUUUAUUUUUUAUUUAUUUUUUAUUAUUUUUAUUUUUUUAUUAUUGUUUUAUUUUAUUUUUUAUUAUUUUUAUUUUAUUUUUUUUAAUUUUUUUAUUAUUUUUUUUUAUUUUUUAUUAUUUUGAUUAUUUUUUUAUUUUUUUUUAAUUUAUUAAAUUUAUUUUUAUUUUUUUUUAUUUUUAUUUUUAUUAUUUUUUUUUAUAAUUUUUUAUCAUUUUUAUUAUUUGUUUUUAUUAUUUUGUCUUUUUCAGACCGAAAAUGCCCCCAAAAACGUUCAAGAUGACCAAAAUUCGAAGAAAAAGUUGGCCGAAAACAGCGAAAAGGACGUUCAAGUCCCGGAAAACCCCCGCGAAGAGCCUCCGAAGAACCGCCGAUUCACGGGAAUGGUCAGAAAUGUGGACGACAAUCUCUCGGAUGCGCCCUCCUGGAAUGGCAAAGAACCCGCGGCGUUGGCGUACUUCGGACCCGGCGCCGAGAACGGGGAGUACGAGUCCAAGACCAUCACCAACAGCAGCAGCCCCAACUUUACGAUGAAAACGGCCAGAAUGUGCUCGCCCAGACAGUCCACUGGUACGGUUUUUCUAAUUUUUUAUUUAAUUUUUUUUAUUUUUAUUUUAUUUUUUUUUUAUUUUUUUAAUGCACCGUGCGGAAGCAGCGACAAAAAUUUUUUUUUGCACAGUGCGAAAUUUCGAUUUUCAAUUUCAUCGCACCGUGCAUUUGCGACAACAAAUUUUUUGUUUGCACUGUGCGAAAUUUUGAUUUUCAAUUUUUAAUGCACCGUGCGCCAGCGACAAAUUCUUUCUGUUUUGCACAGUGCAUAUUUCGACUUUCAAUUUCAUCGCACCGUGCAUUUGCGACAAAAAAAAUUCUUUUUUUUGCACAGUGCGAAAUUUUGAUUUUCAAUUUUUAAUGCACCGUGCGCCAGCGACAAAACCUUUUGUUUUUGCACAGUGCAAAUUUUCAAUUUUAUCGCACCGUGCGGAAGACCAGCGACACGAUUUUCCGCUUGCACAGUGCGAAAUUUCGAUUUUCAAUUUCACCGCACCGUGCAUUUGCGACAAAAAAAUUUUUUUGCACAGUGCGAAAUUUCGAUUUUCAAUUUCAUCGCACCGUGCAUUCGCGACAAAAAUUUUUUGUUUGCACUGUGCAAAAUUUUGAUUUUCAAUUUUUAAUGCACCGUGCAAAGCAGCGACAAAUUCUUUCUGUUUUGCACAGUGCAAAUUUCGACUUUCAAUUUCAUCGCACUGUGCAAAGGAUCAGCGACAGAAAUUUUUGUUUUACACUGCGCAAAAUCUCGAUUUCCAAUUUUCAUCGCACUGUGCAGUGGGUCAGCGACAAUUUGCACAGUGCGAAAUUCCGACUUUCAAUUUUUUUACCGCACCGUGCGGAGAAUCAGCGACAAAUUUGUUUUUGCACAGUGCAAAUUUUGACUCGCACAGUGCGAAAUUUUUUUACCGCACCGUGCGGAGGAUCAGCGACAAAAAAUUUUUUGUUUUGCACAGUGCGAAAUUUCGAUUUUCAAUUUUCAUCGCACUGUGCGAAGGAUCAGCGACAAAAAUUUUUUUUUGCACUGUGCGAAAUCUCGAUUUUCUUUUUUUAUCGCACCGUGCGGAAGACCAGCGACAAAAACUUUCGUUUGCACAGUGCGAAAUUUCGAUUUUCAAUUUCACCGCACCGUGCAAAGUGUCAGCGACAAAAACGUUUGUUUGCACAGUGCAAGUUUUCUAUUUUAUCGCACAGUGCAGAAAAUCAGCGACAAAAACUUUUGUUUUGCACUGUGCGAAAUUUCGGUUUUCUUUUUUUAUCGCACCGUGCGGAAGACCAGCGACAAAAAUUUUCGGUUGCACUGUGCGAAAUUUCGAUUUUCUGUUUUUACCGCACGGUGCAGAAAAUCCGCGACAAAAACCUUUGUUUUGCACUGUGCGAAAUCUCGAUUUUAUAUUUUUUUCGCACCGUGCGGAGCAUCAGCGACAAAAACGUUUGUUUGCACACUGCAAAACCCUUUUGUAAAUUUCACCGCACUGUGCGAAACCUUUGACUAAUUUUUUGCCCUUUUAGCGACCGCUCCUUCCUCCACUCUGCUGAACACUUCCAAAUUGAACUCGUUGGCUCUGAAUCAGCAGCAGGAAGUGUUGAAGACGGCUCAAACUUCGAGUCCAGCGGAUCCGGCCGAACCUCCCAAAGUUGCGAAUGGAAACGGCGAUCAACCUCAAACUCGGGUGCCGACUCACCCUCAGACUGGCCCGUUGAAGCCCAAAAUGUACCCGAUUCUCCGGCCAUUGUGA